AUGAGGAUCCUCCAGUCUGCACUGAUUGUCCUGGGGUUCGGCUAUGGAGUGGUCUCAGCUCCCACUCUGAAGCAGCCCGAGCGCCGAUCUUUCAAGGUUGAGGCUGUUCGCCGGAGCAACUCUAUUUACGGUCCAGCGGCUUUGCGGAAGGCCUAUGUCAAAUAUGGCAUCGUCGCUUCGGACAUCGGACUCGACCUCGAUGACUUUGAGCCAAGCGUCAAGGUUGCUGCUGCUGUCGGCACUGAAAGCAAAGUUGAGGAACCCGAAUUGACCGGUGCUGUCAGUGCCAAAUCUGUCGAGGGGGAUGCAUCUUUCGUUUCACCCAUUACUAUUGGUGGCCAGCAACUCACUGUUACCUUUGACACGGGCUCGUCGGAUGUAUGGGUGGUGAACACACAACUUCCCAAGGACUCUAUUGAAGGACAAACUGCCUACAGCCCCACCAAGUCUACUACGUUCAAGAACAUGACCGGAUCGACCUUCAACAUCACCUACGGUGACGACUCGUAUGCUUACGGCGGCGUUGGAACCGAUACCAUCAACGUGGGAGGAGUCACCGUGACCGGCCAAGCGAUUGGUCUUCCUACUGCGGUUGCCUCGUCCAUCCUCGACGACACCCACAGCAACGGCCUGGUGGGACUGGGAUUUACAUCGCUCAACACCGUCAAGCCUACCCAGCAAAAGUCCUUCUUCGAGACCAUCGCCGACGUCCUUGACGAACCCGUCCUCAGCGCAUCUCUCGUGAGCGAUGGAGUCGGCCAGUAUGAGUUUGGUACCGUCGACAAGUCAAAGUACAAGGGCAACCUUGUCAACGCAACCGUUGACUCUUCAGGUGGAUUCUGGAAAUUCGAGUCCUCGUACUACCGCGUUGGAAACGGCACGCUGAAGAAGCACGACGACGCAACUUCGACCAUCGCCGAUACAGGAACCUCGCUCAUGCUCCUCGAGCAGACUGUCGUCGACGAGUACUACGCAGAGGUGAAGGGCGCGCAAUUCGCAACCAGCGCCUCGGGCUACAUCUACCCAUGCAGCGCGGAGCUGCCGAACCUCUCUAUCGCCAUUGGCCCUCAGCAUCUGGCUACGAUUCCUGGUGACCUGAUCAACUUCCAGGAGGUUGGCACCAAUACCACCACUGGGGAAGCUGUGUGCUAUGGAGGUAUUCAAUCCAACUCGGGUCUCGACAUGCAGAUUCUCGGCGACGCCUUCCUGAAAGCUUUCUACGUUGUGUUUGACCUGCGUGGCCCGUCGAUCGGCGUUGCAUCUCCGGUCUGA